GAUGGGGACGGAUUCGUCGCAUUUAUUAAGAAAUGUAACAAAAUUACGGACGCCACUGCCGUCCCAUCACGCUGUCCACUCAGUACGGGCAGCUCAUCCCAUUUCUUGCCAUCGUCCUUCGCUAAUAAGAGUAUCCGCCUCGAACCUAACGCUCUGCGCACCAAAACCGAAGGACAAUCAAUCAAACCAACCUCCGUCUCGUUUUCCUCUCUCUCUCUCUCUCGCCUCUGAAAAUGGCUUCAACAGUGCUUUCAUUGGCUUCGGCCUCUCGCUCUUCUUCACUAUCAAUGCCUCACAGUUCCCAGGUGAAUGUGAAGCUUGGCAGCUCCUUUGUCUGUUCUUUUCCUAAGGAGAAAAGAAGUCUCUUAGUAAAGGAUCAGGCCUUUGGUCGGAUAAGUAUGGCUGUUGCAGUUAAUGUUUCUCGCUUUGAGGGCAUAACAAUGGCUCCUCCUGAUCCAAUUCUCGGAGUUUCUGAAGCAUUCAAAGCAGACACAAAUGACUUGAAGCUCAACCUUGGAGUUGGUGCCUAUCGAACUGAAGAACUUCAACCUUAUGUGCUUAAUGUUGUUAAGAAGGCAGAGAAACUUAUGCUGGACAGAGGAGAUAACAAAGAGUACCUUCCAAUUGAAGGUUUAGCUGCAUUCAAUAAAGUUACUGCAGAAUUAUUAUUUGGAGCAGACAAUCCAGUAAUUAAGCAACAAAGAGUUGCCACUGUUCAAGGUCUUUCAGGAACUGGUUCUCUUCGACUUGCUGCAGCACUGAUAGAAAGAUAUUUUCCUGGUGCAAAAGUUCUCAUAUCAUCUCCAACUUGGGGUAAUCAUAAGAAUAUAUUUAAUGAUGCCAGAGUUCCUUGGUCUGAAUACCGAUACUAUAAUCCAGACACAGUUGGAUUAGACUUUGAUGGGAUGAUAUCUGAUAUAAAGGCAGCUCCUGAAGGAUCUUUUGUGUUACUUCAUGGGUGUGCUCAUAACCCAACUGGCAUUGAUCCAACCCCUGAGCAAUGGGAGAAAAUAGCUGAUGUUAUUCAAGAGAAUAACCUCAUUCCUUUCUUCGAUGUUGCAUAUCAGGGAUUUGCUAGCGGAAGUCUUGAUGCAGACGCAUCAUCUGUGAGGUUGUUUGCCAAACGCGGUUUGGAGCUUUUGGUUGCUCAGUCGUAUAGCAAAAAUUUGGGUCUAUAUGCAGAGAGGAUUGGAGCAAUCAAUAUUGUCUGUUCAUCAGCAGAUGCAGCAGCAAGGGUGAAGAGUCAACUGAAAAGGCUUGCUCGUCCAAUGUACUCAAAUCCUCCUGUCCAUGGGGCAAGGAUUGUUGCCAAUGUUGUUGGGAAUCCAGCUCUCUUCAAUGAUUGGAAAGAGGAGAUGGAACUGAUGGCUGGAAGGAUAAAGAGCGUGAGACAAAUACUAUUUGACAGCCUUUCUGCAAAGGAUAAUAGUGGGAAAGAUUGGUCAUUUAUUCUUAAACAAAUCGGCAUGUUCUCUUUUACUGGGUUAAGCAAAGCUCAGAGUGAGAAUAUGACAAAUAAGUGGCAUGUAUACAUGACAAAGGAUGGAAGAAUAUCCUUGGCUGGAUUAUCUGCAGCUAAAUGUGAGUAUCUUGCAGACGCCAUUGUUGAUUCAUUCCACAAUGUCAGUUGAAACAGAUUAGUCACAGGUAACUAUUACCAGAGGAAAGAGGAUUGGUUUGGGGACGUCGAAAAUUUUUGGUGAUCUUAGUGUACUAUUGAUUUUAAUUUUAAUUUUGUGAAAGUGUAACAAUAUUUGUUAUCUUCAUUAGAAAUCCCUGUAUUGGAAGUUUUGAUAUGAAUCAAUUCAUUUCUUUUGUA